CAGCUGUCACGCUGUCACGUGGAGAUGGUUAGCAGUCAGCAUUUGAUUCAUUUGGUCGCCGGCUGUUGUUGAUAGCUGAAAUAUCUUCCUACUGUGUUGCAGUCUUUUGUGCUGACGCCACGUCUACAUUCACGGAGAUCAGCGGCAACCCUUCAUUUGUUGGCGGAGUCGCCAAGAGCGAGUUCAGAUGGCGUCGACCGAAGAGAAAGUGAUCCUAGUGACCGGCGGAACGGGGCUCGUUGGAAAGGCCAUCGAGACCGUUGUCAACGAAGAAAAAAAGAGCGGAGAGCGCUGGGUGUUUGUGUCUUCGAAAGACGCCGAUCUCACGAACAAGCAGGCAACAGAGGCCCUUUUUGCCAAGCACAAGCCCACACAUGUCAUUCAUUUAGCAGCCAUGGUUGGCGGUCUCUUCCGGAAUAUGAAGUACAACCUUGACUUCUUGAGGAACAACAUCCUGAUAAACGACAAUGUCCUGCACACAAGCUUCGAAACGGGCGUUCAGAAAGUUGUCUCAUGUCUUUCCACCUGCAUAUUCCCGGACAAAACAACGUACCCCAUUGACGAGACUAUGAUUCACAAUGGUCCGCCUCACGACUCCAACUUUGGAUACUCCUAUGCCAAGCGACUUAUCGAUGUCCAGAACCGUGCCUACCAUGCUCAGCAUGGGUGCAAUUUCACCGCAGUGAUCCCGACAAACGUGUUUGGGCCGCACGACAACUUCAACCUCGAGGACGGCCACGUGUUGGCGGGUCUCAUCAACCGGACACACCAGGCCAAGCUGCACGGGAGUCCGCUGCAGGUGUGGGGUUCCGGCAAGCCACUGCGCCAGUUCAUCUACUCUCUGGACCUUGCGCGGCUCAUGGUGUGGACUCUUCGGGAGUACGACGAAGUGGACCCCAUCAUCCUCUCGGUUGGUGAAGAGGACGAGAUAAGCAUCAAGGAUGCAACCAAGCUCAUCACCGAUGCCUUCAACUUCAAAGGGGAUGUCAUCUUUGACACGUCUAAAGCUGAUGGCCAAUUCAAGAAGACUGCCAGCAACAAGAAGCUCCGUCGCUACCUUCCAGACUUCAAGUUCACACCCAUUGCAAAAGCCAUACAAGAAACCGUCGACUGGUACACCAAGAACUACGAAACUGCCCGGAAAUAACCUCUGCUUCCUAGGACUACUAUCUUUCUUCUUUUUUAAAAAAUUUUGUUCGUAAUGCCCCACUUGGCAUUGUUUGCACCAAUGUUUUCUACAGGGAGUGUGUGGUGAGAAAGUAAAGUACAUAUAUAUUGAAAGAA